AUGGGAAUCAUUCUGGCAAAGCGGGAAGAGGAGAGAAUUUCUUUCAACCAAACCCGAGCACGUGCAUCCGCCUACCUUGAGAAAUGUCGGCCAGACUACAUUGAGGAUGAUGUCUUGCUGGGGCUAGCCCCUGACGAAGAGGACGGCAACCAGAAGGACGAAGACGAGGAAGAAGAGAACCAGGAGCCUGAAGUCGAGGAGGAGGAGGACGAGGAGGAUGAGGAUAAAGAAGAGGAGGAUGAACGAAAAUUGAUGGCCGAAGCUAGUUCGAGGGCCAAGGAGCGAGUCCAGGCUGAGCUGAAAAAGUUCCGGCAGGCUGCCAUCAAAGGCAACCGAUGGGCACUGAUGAAAAUGACUCGUUCACCGCACUUGGCCAUCGAUUCGCCUGACCAACAUGGCCGAACAGCGUUGCAUUUGGCAGCGGAGCAUGGCCAGAAUCGAGCAGUGGAGAUACUGCUUGGAGCGCGCGCACGUCAUGACAUCAAGACGAAAAUGGGCUGGACUCCGCUGCACGUGUCAGCCUUCCAUGGGCAGGUUGCUUGCAUCAACCUCCUGCUGCAAUCCACAGCCGAUGUCAAUUGCAAGGAGAAACAUGGCUGCACUCCACUUAUGUUUGCAGCUUCCUCGCCGAAGUUAUACUUGGUGGACCUGGUAUCCAAGAAGGAUCGCGCACGUCGGCUGAAAGCGCGCCAGGAUGCUGACAAGAAACGGAGGGAGCAAGAGGAGGACAGGAUGGAUCUAGACUUGGCCAGUGCUAGCAGGGAGAAGGGGGCAGGAAGCAUUUCCACCACGGCACCGAAUGUUGUGUGGAAGUUCUACCAGAGUCGUAUCGAGCUUCUGGUCUUGAAUGCCCUGUUGUCCUCGCCAAAGAUCAAGGUCGAUGCCUAUGACAACAAGCGACGGACAGCUUUACUUUAUGCGGCCCGGUUCGGCAGAACUUACGCAGUCAGCCGUCUACUGGAUGCAAAAGCCAGUUUGGGAUUCGCUGACCGAGAGGGCCAAGUACCUCUUUUUGCCGCAGCCUGCAACGAGCACUUGGACACCGUAGACCUGUUGCUUCGUGCCGGAUCCAACAUCAACGCCACAGACCAGUAUUUUCGGACUCCUCUGCACGGAGCUCUGGAAGAGGGCGACGAGAGCAUGGCGAACUUGCUUCUCAAAGCUGGUGCCAGUGUGAAUGCCUAUGACUGUGAGGGUCGAACUCCUAUCAUGCUGGCGAUGGACAGAGGGAACAGACGACUGUUCUCCAAGAUUGUCGAGAAGAAGUCGAAUUUGGAUGUUCUGGAUAAGAGGGGAUGGAAUGUGGUCAUUUACGCCAUCGAAACCCAGAUGUUGACCGAUGUCUAUCCUUUGCUGAUGAAGCUAAACAAGAAUGCAGCGAUCAUCUUGCGGGCCAGAGAUCCCCAGGGCCUGAACGCCGUGCACCAUGCAGCGCAGCUACCCAAUGCCGAGCUGUCCACGAAGUGCGUUCAGCAGCUGGCCAAUCUGGACUUUGAGGCAGCGAGCUUCGGUGACUGCAACGGAGACACGGCGAUCCAUUCCGCUGCUGAGCGGGGCCGGCUGGAGGUGCUGCGCAUUUUCAUCGACCGUCUGCCAUCCCUGGACUACUUGAACAACCGCGGGGAGACCCCUCUGCACUAUGCCGCGCGGGGUGGGCACAUGGCCUGCGUGGUGGCAUUGGUCCAUGGGGCCUCAGGGAGGAACGGCCCCUGCGAUGCAGGAGCCAUUGACUCUCAAGGAUGGAACUUGCUGAUGCACGCCUGCGUUUCUGGGCACCUUGAUCUGGUCAACUUGCUUCUGCAGAACAGGGAGGGCCAGCACCCGGACCUGGCCUUUCCGCCAUUGGAUGUGAACCAUGAAGACCGUGCAGGGGUGAACGCCCUCUGUGUGGCUGCCAGAGAAGGGCACUGGCAGCUGCUGCCAUCGCUGGUUUUGGCCGGGUCCAACACCGCAGGGAAGGAUCGCGAUGGCUUCACAGCAGUGCACUGGGCUGCCAUGGAGGACGAGGCUCUUACGAUGAAGUGCUUGCUCGAUCUUGGGUUCGAUGCGAAUGCCAAGGACUUCAAGGGCUGGACCCCUUUGAUGCACGCCUGUGCUCGUGGAGCAGAUGAAGUUGUCCGUGUGCUGGUGGACUUCACAGCCGAGAUCGAUGCCCGCAAUUGGGACGGCGACACUGCUCUGCAAAUCACGCAGAGACGCCGAGAUCCGCCUGACGUGGUUGCUGUCACCAAGGACAUCCUUCUUGAUGGCAUCAUGGGAAGCGACGAACCUGCGCAAGGAGGAUCCGUCCAGGCCGUUGGCCACAUGAUGGUGUCCGUCCUCGAGGCAACCGACCUCUACCUUGAGGGCAAGACGGGCUUUGUCAAUGCUUACGUGAACCUCCAGCUGCGCACGCAGACGGGAGCCCGGCCACAGGCUGCGUUCACUUCGUGCGUCUUGCAAAAUUCAUCGCCGGAGUGGCAUGAAGUUUUCCGCUUCGACACGACUCGGGUGGACCCGAGCGCUGUGCUUGUGGCCUGGGUGGUUGCCGCCCCCGGUGAGAACACCAAAGAAGUCAUGGAUGGAGCCGCGUUGGGUUUGGACGAGGUAGAGCUUCAGAAUCUCUCGCACAUGGAAGCUGUGACUGGCAAGACACUGCAUCAGGAGCAGCCGCAGUUUACCUCUGCGCUGCAGGAAUCCUUCCAGCGGCUUAUGAAGCGAGCGGAUAGGGAGGAGGACUCAGAGGUGCUGCGCUUGCGAAAGCUUGCCAUGGCACAGCUCACCGGAACUGAGCCAACAGAGGAUCUGAAGUUUUCGCAGAAACAGGUGAAGGGAGAAGAUGGCCUCGCUCUGACAGACAGACGGUGGAACGAAGUCUCCAACCUGCGUGAGGUCUUGGCUCGGAGUGGAUGUGAUGUGCCCGAACCCCUGGUGCCGCGCACACACCUUCCGCUUGGGUGUGUUGUGGUUCGCUACCGCCACCUGAGAGCUGCAGUUUGGGGCAGCGAGCCCGUCACGGUGGUGCGGACUCUUCGCUUGAGCUGUCGUGGCAGCUUGCGCGUUCAGAUUGACUUCCGCCCGAAGUUCUUUGAAUGCAAGGAAGAGGAACGAGCAAAGUUGCUCUCGCCAGAGGAGGAAGACGAGUUGUACCGCGUCACUCCUGGAACGGAGGAGGAUGAGCAGAGGGAGGCGGAGCUCUGGGAGGAGACCCAAGCGAAAAAGAAACAGGAAGCUGAGAGGCUAAGCAUUGACAUCCUGGGAAAGAUGAAGGCCAAAAAGACAGUGAUGAGCACUGACGAAGCUUUGGAGCGUGCAAAGAGGAUUAAGCACAUGAGAGAUCCAGAGGUCCUGCUGAGAAGGUUCCAGCAGGUGUCACACUGGGCAAGCCAAGUUUUGAAGAUCCGCGAGGAGUUUCGCAACGCAGAAGUUGAGAGGGCUCGACUUGCUGCCAAGCAAGCAGAGCUGCUUGCGAGCGAAGCCAAAAAAGGGGAAAGCGAUGAAAAGCAGAAAGCUCGGGCUACGGGGUGGUCCGGGAAGCUCAAAUCCUACGUGCAAACCAGGUACAAGGCCUGGAGCGAGGAGCGUGCUUUUAAGCAGGCUGCCCUGGACAAGCCCAUUGGCUCCGUUGAUAUGCAAGAGCUCAUGAAAGCAAAAGCGGUUCCGGGAGUGCCUGUGCCCAAGAAAGUUCCAGCACCGUCGAUUCCACGCCUCAAGGCAGAGCGUUGGGUGGAAGAGUUCUUGGAGGGCUCCCGCCUGAUCUGA